AUAAAUACAGUUAGCCAGUUGUACACACAACUAACAAACUGAACUGCUUCAGCUGCUUGGUUGCCACUUCUCACAGUCCAUCAGCAACCGGUGAAGGAAGAGCGAUGAGGAAAAGCCAGAGUCACGAGUUCGAGGCCGAUGUUCCCGCCGCCGAGCUGUGGGAAGUCUAUGGCACGCUCCUUGCGGCGGAGCUGUUGCCUAAAUUGCUCCCGCAAGUCCUCGCAAAGGUCGAGCUCGUGAGCGGCGAUGGCGGCGUCGGCACCAUCUUGGAGCUGACGUUUCCUCCUGGAAUUCCUGGCCUGGAGAGUUACAAGGAGAAGUUUAUCACAGUUGACAACGAAAAAUUCAUCAAGGAGGCAGAAACAAUCGACGGGGACAUACUCAAGCUCGGGUUCGUCUAUUACAUGGUCAGGUUCGAGAUCAUUGCGAAAGGACCCACAUCUUCAGUGAUAAAAUCGACUAUUCAGUAUGAGAUCGAUGAAGCGCACCCGGAGCUUGAAGCUAUGGUCAGUACUGCACCUUUGGCUGCAACCGCUGAGAAAUUUGCAGGGUAUGUAAAGGAGCAGAAGAUCGCUCAGAGCAGUUCCUGAAAUAUCUCACAGAGAAAUGUAUCAGUAUUUCAACAGUAAUAAAUUGCUCAUUC